GUCUUCCUUGUUGCGUAUGGAGAAGAGCUGUUUUGUGUGAAAAGUCAGCGUCUCUCUCUCUCACAUCAACCCUUCUCUCCUUGUCUAUUUUUGAGCAGAAGAAGCACCAGUUUCAACCCCUUCAGAAAAACUUGAGAUAGUCCUUUAACAACAAAAGUUCAUCAGCAUUUUGUACACAUACAUAUCCAAGUGCAUGUCCCUUACGUCUGUUUGGCGCAAAACAUACCAAUUACCAAACCAAAGAAGACUCAAAUGAGUGGCUCUUUCAUUCAAUACGUAUCGGUUGAUAUUUAAAACUCUAAUUGUCACUUUCUUCAUUCAGAAUAAUGGAGAAUUACCAAGGUGAUUUAGCCGACAUAGUCCGAGCGAGCGGCGGACCUAAUAUCGGAAGCGGAGGUGACAGUUUCUCCGGCGAACUCCCCCUCCCCCUCCCCGACUGGCGUUUUCCGGCCGAUCCCAUGAAUUACAUGGAAGAACAACCGGUCGACGAUUUCGGAGACCCGUUUUCGAGCUGCCUGAGGGAUCCACUUCUCCAUGAGCUUGAAAUACCAAGUUCAGGGUUCUUCAACGACUCAACAGAGAUGAUGAAAACAAGUGGUGUGGAAGACACAAGUCGCACAACCGCCUCGUUUGGUGGCGGCCGUGGCCGUGGCGGAGGAGGUGGUGGUGGGAUUAUUCUUGAGAGGGAGAUGAAGAGGCCUCCUAAUAUAUUCACAAGGAUGCUUCAGAUCUCACCAAAUGCUAAGAUGCCGGCCGUUUCGCCAUGCGAUUCUCCGGUGGGAUUAAUUAAUAAGGGUUCUUCUUCUCCAUUAGUUAAUCCUAAUCAUGAUUUGAUUAGUGUUAAUACUUCAAAAUCUUGCUUGGUCGAAAACACCGGGGUCCAGAUCUCAUCUCCGCGAAAUACGGGCAUCAAGCGAAGGAAGAGCCAGGCAAAGAAGGUGGUAUGUAUACCAGCACCAGCACCUGCAAAUAACAGGCCAAGUACUGGAGAAGUUGUUCCAUCUGAUUUAUGGGCUUGGAGAAAGUAUGGCCAGAAACCUAUCAAAGGUUCUCCUUAUCCAAGGGGUUAUUAUAGAUGCAGCAGCUCCAAAGGUUGCUCCGCGAGGAAACAAGUCGAACGGAGCCGAACAGAUCCGAACAUGUUAGUAAUCACCUACACUUCGGAGCACAACCACCCAUGGCCCACCCAAAGAAAUGCUCUCGCCGGGUCAACCCGGUCCCAACCCUCAAAAACUAACUCAUCAACUUCUUCAAAGAACAACAGUAAUACCAAUUCACCAGCCCCUCAUAAUUCUCAAAAGGGCAUAACAAUAACAACAACAACAACAACAAUAACAACAACCAGCUUGAAAGAAGAAGAAGAAGAAGAAGAAGAGGAAGAAGAGAACAAGGAUCAUCACCAUCAUGCCAACAUUGCUGGAUCGAACGGUUCAUUAAUGGUGAAGGAGGAGAUGAUGGAAGGGUUCGAUCCAAAGGAGAUAGAAAUGGAAGAUGGUGAUGGUGAUGGCGAUGGCAAUGGUGGUGGUGAGUAUGGUGAAUUAGGGUUUCCACAGAAUAGUUACAGGCCGUUGUUGCCACCUGAGUCAACCCAAUGUGAUCAUGACUUCUUUGCUGAGUUAGGAGAGCUAGAAGCUGACCCUCUUAACCUCUUGUUCACCCAGGCCUUCUCAGGAGAUCAUGAGGAUAGGGAAAACCACCACGACAACAACAAGGCCAGUUCUUUGGAUCCAUUCGUCGGGGCCUUUGAUUGGACAGGCAACAAUAACAACAGCAGCAACAACAAUAAUACAUUGCUUGGGGAAGCGAAAAGGGGGUUCAUAUCAAGACCUUGAAACAAAAACUCCUAAAUUCAGAACUUUAUCUAUAGGUAUUCUAAUUAAUUAUGUUCUACAAACAUAAUUUUUGCAUAGAAUUUUCAGACAGAGUGAUGUGGCAUUUUCUUGCUUAUUAUCGACUAGAACACUUUAUUCGAUAUCGUAAAUGCUUAAAUGUCACUGACGCAUUAUUCUGAAUGAAUUUUUAGAUAAAGAUUUUGUUUGUAAAAUCUUUUCUCA